CGAGGAAGGUCGGUAGAGAGUGUUGUUGUCUUUCAGCUCAUUCUCUCUCCUCAAUUUCCUGGACAUUUCAUUUCUCUCCUGCACAAAUAUUUACUCCUCCUUUUAGGGUUUGUUUCCCCUCAAAAUUAAUCGGAAAAAAACCACCCUAAAUUAUCAUCAAAACAGGUUGCUUUUUGUUGAAUUUAUCUGUUUUUUUCAAGAAAUCUUGAAGUGAAAUUUUCUGGGCUUUUCUUGAUCAUCAUCAUUUAAAAAGAAGAUCAGAAAUAUGGACGGUGGUGAUCCAUGGAGUUCCCGUCUCUCUUCCUCUUCCCUUAGACGCUACCAACUUCGAUCUGAGGCUUAUUUGGGAGGAGAUGAUUUAGAGGUGGAAGAUGAUUACAAGCAGGAGUUUUCAUGCCCAUUUUGCGCUGACGAGUUCGAUAUCGUGGGGUUGUUUUGCCAUAUGGAUGAAGAGCAUCAAGUGGAAUUGAAAAAUGGGGUUUGCCCUGUUUGUGCAAAGAGAGUUGGAAUGGACAUGGUCGGUCAUAUCACAAUGCAGCAUGGGAAUAUAUUGAAGGUACAGCGCAGGAGAAGAUUGCGCAGGGGUGUUCCAAAUUCAAUGUUUAGCAUUUUGAGGAAGGAAUUACGAGAAGGAAAUAGACAAGCCCUUUUCGGAGGGUCCUCUUUCGCACUUUCUUCAUCAAAUCCCGACCCCGAUCCUCUCUUAUCUUCACUUAUAUACAGCUCCUCUACUGCGGAAGAACUUGGAAAGGAAGAAUCUCCUUCUCCUAAGGAAACAAGCUCCCUUCCACAAGCUGUGGAGGAAACAAUUGAAAGUUCCCAGCAUUCAGCUUUGUCCGAAAAGGAGCACGAGGAGAAGGCUAGGAAAUGUGAGUUUGUGCGAGAAUUGCUGCUCUCCACAAUGCUUGAUGACAUCUUGUAAAGCCAGAGACCAAGGUUGCAGAUGUUGUGAAGCCAUUAGGCGCGUAAGGGAAAGGGAAAAUGCCGAGAGGAUUGUAUAACCGAUGUUGUGAAUUCCGAGAGAGCGAGAGAGAGAAAGAGAGGAGAAUAUGUGUAGGUUGAGGGUAAUGUUGGAAGUUAAUCGUAAUGUUAAUGUUGUAUUUGUUAUUUGUAUGUAGACAGCUUAUGCAUUGCAAUAUUCAAAAGAUUGAAUAAUAUAUGUAAUCUUAGUUGUCUUACAA